AUGAGGGCCAUCAACGUCUGCAACCCCCUCACCAACUUCAGCUUCCCGGCCGCCGCUGCCAUCGCAGGUACGCCGUGGCUCGCCCUCAUCCAGCGGGGCGGUGGGUGCACCUUCUCCAAGAAGAUCUAUGUGGCCGCCAAGUGGGGAGCCGCCACCGCCGCCACCAUUUACAACUACGGCAGCAGGAUGGGGAAUGACAUCCAGGCCAUGACCCACCCUGCUGCUGCGGGACUGGCUGCUGCUGGGGAAAGCUUACUCCACAAUUUUAAACAAGAUUCGAGGCAGCUCGUCUCAGACAAAAACCUCUCCUGUGAAACACAAAGAGCGAGAGCGUGUGAACUAAGAGUCGUCCUUUUGCCCUACUUCAUACUAAUCUCAUUUGCGAGGAUGAAGCCAGAUGGCAACCAUGAACUCUUCCAAGCCAGCAAGGAUACAACCAUGCCCUUUAUCAGCUCAUCAGCAACAAACAGCAAUGCUAACUGUAGCUGUCCUGCUACAAACAAGUUAAGCCAUGCAAAUAGCUCAAAAUACAGAGAAAAAAUAACAUCACCCCAAGAAGGCACUAUCUUGUCUGCUGCUAGAGAGAGUGAAGUGACAGAUAUCUGCAAUGGCAACAUUCCCAAGGGAGGAAGCCCUUCCGAAGCUCUCCAUGGCUGGCCUUUGGUAAAUCCUUGCCAAAAGCUUCCUAAAGGCAACGGCAGGAGCAAGCCACAUAGACACUUUGACCAACAGCCCAAAGAAAUCUCACCUACCAAAUUUACCCAGAAAGAUUUCCCCGGCAAGGACAUAUUUCUGUUUUGGGCAAAGAAGGUUGGUGAUAGCAACACGGUAACCCCGUGGACAAAGAGCUCCAAGAAGCCACUUGAGCCACAACGGCCAAGUAGUGAUUCCCACUGUAACAUUUCCAAUGAAGAAGCGGAAGGCUUAAAAGGAGGAUGUUGGUCACCCUGCACCAGCCCUGAAACACUCCAAAGGAAGAGACGGAGAGACCUUUUCCCUGACUUGGAGAUUUUCAGACAGCUUGACGCCCACGUUCUUCAUGUGAGUGAGCAGCUGAAAACCAAUCAGGGAUCAUUGUCCAUCCAGACCAUCGUUCCACUGAUUACCAAGGGGGCCAAACAGCAGCUGGAGAAGGCUCGGGCCAUAUGGAUGUGGUUGUGCCACAAUAUUGAGUAUGAUGUGGACGGCUUCCUGGGGUUAUCAGAGAAGAUCCACAUCCCUGAGCAGGUUCUCUGGUCUGGGAGAGGCGUGUGCUCUGGGUACGCCCAUCUUUGUCAUGAAAUGUGCAAGGAAGCAGGCUUGACCUGCGUUGAAGUUUCAGGAUAUGGCAGAGGUGCUGGAUAUAGCCAAGGCCAAAGCUGUCUGCAAAAGAAAUCCAACCACAUGUGGAAUGCAGUAAAGCUGGACACACAGUGGUUCCUUCUGGAUGCCUGCUGGGGAGCCGGCCUUGUGGACGUCGAGAAGAGGCUCUUCAUCCCUAGGCAUGAGGACUUUUUCUUCCUAACUGACCCAGAAGAUUUCAUUGAGAGUCAUUACCCUGAUGAACCAGAAUGGCAGCUCAUUCAACCUCCCAUCUCACUGCAGGUGUUUGAGGGGAGAGCUUUCAAAUCACCAGCGUUUUUUAAACUUCAGCUCAUCCUCCUCUCUCCAGACACCUCAGUGCUUCACACAGACCGAGGGGCAGCAACCGUGUCUUUAGCAAGCACCCAUUCAACAGAGUUCACUUACCAGCUCUUGAAGCUUUGCCAUGAUAACAGCAAAGAGGAUAUAGGCAAGACUCACGGAAUGCUGACCAUGUCCUAUAAAAGAAUGGCCCUCAAAGUCUUCCUGCCUAGCGAGGGCCUCUUUGAGCUGCAAAUCUUCGCUCGCCCUUCUGAUUCCCGGAAGCCAUAUUCUUGGGUGUGUUCCUUUCAUGUCGAGUGCCUGGAGUCCAGCUGCAAAGUGGAGUUACCAGAGAACCCUUUCCCUUUCUGGGGGCUACAUCCUAAAGCAAGGGAGUUUGGGAUUGAGGAGUGCAACUGGGAAGAAGACGUGACUGUUGCCACCACGGGGACACUGAAGUUGGCUUUGCAGACCCAAUGGCCUCUGUUGGCGACCUAUGAGUUGGUUCAUCCAGAUUUAGACAACGCCCUGAGCAGCAAGUGCCUGGUGUCCCAAGUGCAAGAGGAGAAGCUCAGCUGCCAUGUGCUUUGCCCUUUUGUGGGUUAUUACAGACUCUCUGCAUUUGUCAAGGGCAUCGGCGAGGAAGAGUUCAAGAACGCUGCCAACUUCCUCAUAUGUUGCUCUGGCUCCAUCAACCACAACGAGCUCUUCCCAUUGGGUCUCAGCCCGCACUGUGGGUCUGGGAUCAGCUCCCAAUGGAGAGGGCUCUCCAACCCGAGCCACACCAACCCCAUUAUCAAUACCAAAAAGGGACGGUGCACGAUCACAUUUCAUACCCAGCCAGGCUUCGAAGUCACUGCCACUUUGAGCAAGGACAAGAUAACUAACAAUACAUACCCAAUGGAACGAUACGUCUUGGUUACUCACCUGGAGAAUAAGGUUAGUGUUUCCAUCUUGAUCCCCGAAUCGGGAGUCUACAAGGUAAGCUUGUAUGGGAGGGACACCGAAAGCAAAGAAUUCACCCACGUAUGUGAUUACGUUGUCCGCUGCUUCGCCAGUCUGCAGUGGCUGCCUUUCCCCAGGGCGUAUAGCUUGUGGAGGAGGGGCUGCGUCCUCCUGCAACCCAGGACAGGAGUCCUGCAAGAGGAAAGCUGGGUGAGAUUCCGGAUCAGGAUGCCCGGAGCCUACAGCGCUCAUGUGGUCGGACAUUCACGGAUGGAGCUGAAACUAGGGCAAAGCAAAGUGUGGGAAGGGGAUGUGUACACCGGCCUUGCUGGGACAACGCUGAAGGUAGCUGUCAAAUUCUCUCGAGAGUCCCCAAGCAUGGAUGUUGUCCUCUUGUUCAAUGUUGAAGGCAGUUCAUCCACUCCAGCCGACUCUUUGGGGUGA